AUAAUUAAUUAAUUAAAUUAUUAUUAUUUAUUUUUUAUUAACAAAAAAAAAAUUAAAAGUAAAAUGUUCUAAGCAAAUGUGUUUAGAGUAUUAUAUAGUAUUUACUCUUUGAUUAUUGGAAUUUUAAUUUUUAUAUUUUCUAUACUGAUAUACACAGGCUUUUCCUCUGAUAAAAGCAUUUAUUUAUAGACUCUUUAAGACUGGGAACAAAAUCCUAUAGUAGAUAUUUAUGUUUUAAAUGAUAUUACAGUCAACUGUUAACCUGGUGAAGACUCUGUGUUUUAAUAUAAUUGGCCUGGGACAAAAGAAGGAUGCUUAUGUACUUUAACAAAUUAAAUAAGAGAGGGAUAGUGCUGCACUGAGUAAAAUAAAAGUGAUUGUUGUGAAGGAAAACCAAUAAAUCCCGUAAAAAACGAGACCCUUGAUAUUUGGGAUAUAAAUGGAAAUAAGUUUAAAUUAUGUGCAAUAAGAUUAGAUAAUUACUCAUUUCGAAACAAUGCACCAUAAAGCCUUAAUUGCUUAGCUAGUGAAAAAUGGUGUGGUAAAGAUUCGUAGGGGAAUUAAGAUUAAAAUUAUGGAUUUUGUGUUCCAGCUAACUAGAAAUGUGCUGUUUAAGAAAUUUUGAUAGGAUAAGUUAAUCCAAAUCCUUAGCUUUAUGAUCAAACUAACAUAUAUAAUAACAGUGAUGGGAGUGGUUUUUGGGUUUUUAUAGGUAGAGGAGGCCCACUUAAACUCCCUCUUAUAAAUUUUAAAGUCAGUUCUAGUGAAUAAAUUUGCACUAGUGAUGAUGAAACUAUUGGUAUUAAUUAAGGUUAUUAAUUAAAUAAAAUGAUUUCGUCAUGCAGCUCAGACGAUUAUUUAUAUGAAAAGACUAGCAUAUCAAUUAAUCAAUAAGAUUUCUUGAAUAGCAAUAAUUUAUCUCAAUAAUUAUCAGCUCUACCUAAUUACUAAUAUUCAUCUGACGAGCUGUAUCUAUUCUCAAAAUCUUAUCCAAGCUUAAAAAUGAAAUGCAGAGGCAGUAUAGAAACAUUCUAUGAUAAUUUAGAUGUAAUUUCAUAAAUAGAGUAGUUGGCUCUUCCUAAUUUUAUAACAUGCUGUGUAUAUUCUAGCAUCCUAUUAUUUUUUGAUUCAUGGAUUGGAUUUAAGUACAACAAAUUUUCUUGGGGAGUCAUAAUAUUCAAAGAAAAAGUUAAUAACUUAUUAAGAGGAAUCUACAUUCUAAAAUAUAUAUUAUUUUUAUCUUGCAAUUUCUUGAUUAUAUUUGAAGCAACCUACUAAAUUUAGAUUAAUAAUUUUCUUUCUGAUAUAGUCAAUAAAUAAUGUACAGACUCAAAUUAAAAUUUUUUUAAUUUUCUGUAAAACGGGUAGAUAAGAGAUUACACAGUAGGAAUAUUACUCUGCGCAUGGAUGCAUUUUCUUGCCGAGCCAAAUGUAUUUUUUGUAAUUAAUAAAUUUUGUUGCUCUCAGAUUCAAGAUUUUAUGAGAUAAUCAACCGUGAGCCAGCAGGCUAAAAAUACUAACAAUCAAACAGUCUCUAAAGACGUCUCUAUAAGUAUGGACAAACAUGAAGAAAAACCUCUUCCAUAAAACAACAGCAUAUCAUUUUAUCCACCUUACAAGUCUCCGUCAAAGAAACCUUCUUCCUUUAUUGGAGGAUUGAAGAAGACAGUCUCAUAUAAAUUAGAACAUAACUAAUGAAAUAAGUUAAAACUCUAAUUGAUUUUUACUGCAUACAUAAAAAAUUGAAGCUAAAAGUCUAUUAAAUAUGUUAAAUUAUUAGCUAUUUAUAAUGUUUGAGAUAAUUAAAUUACUAAAAAUUUAACACAAACUUAAUUAACCAACCUGAUGAUUUCUAAUAUCAAAUAAUACAGUAUAAACCAAUCAUUUACUUAAAAAAUAAUUUUAUUUAUAUCUGCAAUUAAAAUCUUUAUUGUAAAAAAAGCAUAUUUUUAUUAAAUGAAAUAUUAUCUUAAUAUACUUUCUAUAACUUUCUUGUUUCAUUACUUCAUAUUUUUUAAUGAAAUAGACAAUCUAUUUUAAUCAAAUUAUUAUAUUUGAUUAUUAAUUAAUGUAUUGAUUUAUCUAAAUAUGAUGCUUAAUAACAUAAUAUAAUUUGAUAAUAUUUAAUAAUCACCCAAAAAAGAAUUUUUAAAAUAUAUGAGUAAUUCACAAUAAAUAAUAAAAUAAUACUCACAAAUUGUAUUUAUUUUACUACUAAAAUAAACCUUUUCAUCAUUUAAAAAUAUAAUCAGUAUUAAUUAUAUUUAUUAUUUGUGUUUUAUUUUUUAAGAUUUAAUAAUAAUACACAUGAAACAAAAAUAAACUAUUUUCAAUUUAUUAAGCUAUUUAACAAAAAAAAUAAAUCAAAGUAUUACUUGCUUUAAUUAUGUUUAAUCAAAAAUAUAUCCUUUUUCUAGCAUACACAUCACUACUUAGCAAAUAUUUCUAGCAUCAUGCAAAGCUAUAUGGGGAUGUCCUGUCUAAGUUAAAUUUAAUAUUUUAAGCAUAUUUUCUAAAGACUUAGCUUUUACAUUGAAGAAUCUAUCAAACAGCUCUUUAAGGUUAAAAUAUUAGUUGAAAUAUGGAGAAUGCUUUAGAUUUUUUAAAUUAAUUUCGGCUCUCAAGUAUGUUGCAUCAGAAUCACAAUCAAAUAUAAAAAAAGUAGAAUCACUGUCAUUGGUGUUUUAUUUUAUCUCUUAAGUGAUUAUCUCAAAUACUUCUGAAAUAGUUGGAGCUUAAUCAACAUCUUUUUAUUCAAUAUACGUCAAAUUCUUUAUAAAAUUAGUCAACUUUGGAUGAUAAGUAGGCUUUACAAAAGUUGUGA